AUGGCCUUCUAUCCUCGUUCGAUGUUUCUUGACGAUGCCGAAAUUAAUACCCAUUCUGCUCGGACCAUGCACCGCUCCCUCGACCGUUUCUCUCGCCGCAAGAGCCGGUCCGAUAUCUCUUCAGACUACGAUAACGACCGUGUCGCGCUUGUGCACACCAAGUCGGACUUUUCUCGCCCGGAUUAUGUCGACGUUCGGCCGCCCAUGGCGUUAGUCCGCUCCACCUCUGACUUUGACCCAUACGACCGGCUGGGUCACCCCAAUGUCGAAGCUGACGACGACUAUCAUUCGAAAGACUCGGAUCGUGAUCCUCGCAAAUACCGCGUAGAAUACGUUGACGAUUUCCACAACCCCAAGCUACGCCGUCGCAAGUCAUUUAAGCGCAUGUUCGAGGUGCCCACUGGCAUCACAAAUUUCUUUGACGGCUCUCGCGAGCGCGAGCGUCGGUACUUCAACUGCGGAGGCCGGUUCGCCCUUCAUACCCUUUUGGAUGCCCACGCCGUUCGUAACGGUGCCCCCCACGUCAAGUUUGAUAUUCUCCGCCCUAAGGACAUCCGUGUGGUUGGUGACGGAUACACCUACGACCCUCGAGUACUGGACGAACCUGCAACUUGCCCCGCCAUCUCGAAGCUUCGCAUCCUCGUUGCCGACUUGCCUUGGAUCAUCCGUGUCCAAAACCCUAACGGUGACCCUGCGCGACAUUGCGGAUGCCCACACAAGCAAGCAGCGCGGCGCGCAUUUAGCAUGCAAAUCCACGGGGCGGUCGAAGGUGGCCUGCGGCGGUACGAAUGCCUGGUCGACACGACAAUGUUUAUGGGUCUGGUGAAGAAGGAUGCACUUGUCAAGCAUGUAGCAGGUGAAGACGCAGUCGAGUGGACCUGGGUUAUGCUUGGUCCCCGGUGA